AUGGACUUGCGCUCUAUCAAUGAAGCUCUGUCAUUAAUUCAUUCAAUACGAAAGAAGGACAUGAAGUUUGACUGCUUGUGGGCGAACGUGUGUCGCUAUUGUCUGGAUGAGGAACCCAAGGACAAGCUCAUGAAUCCCUGCCGUUGCGCUACACCUGUGCACAGCGAUUGCUUGGAGAAGUGGAUAACGUUGGGGGAGAGGUCUGCAAGGAAUCUCAGAUGUGAAGUAUGUCAGAGCCUGAUACGAGCGAGGCUGCAGCUAGCUCCACUCCACACUCUCUUCACGUUCAAGGGAGGCAGGAAGAUCUUGGUUUGGAUGGUCUUGAGACUGGGAUACAGAGCUUUCAUCAUACGCCGCCUUGUGCACAGAUUUCGACCUAUCAUGAAGAAAUGGAGCGAGAAAUUCGCCGCCAGGAGCGUGAAACUCUUGGACCUGCUGGCUUGCGGGAGGGACUCAGCGUUUGUAGGCUUGUUCUCCUGGCUGUGUUUACAGCUCCUCCUCCGAGACCUUCAGUGGUUCUGGCGCUCGGCCUCGCGGUUCAGGAAGGAGAACGCUGUCCUCACCUUCCUCGAUGAGAAGUCGAUGGGCCCGGAGGAGGAGCAGGAGCAGGAGCAGGAGCAGGUUUCAUUGGAUGAGCCGGUCGCUGCAAGAUCGCCUGUCCUUCCGUCUCCACAUCUCGCAGGCACAAGCGGAGUUUGUGCUCGGGAUGAGAUGAGGACCUUCCUCGCGGUUCGCUGCAUUGCGCUCCGCACAUGGAAGCUAGCCUCGUGCGGUACAGCACCGGCGAUCAGGUCCUCAAGGAGCUUUCCUCGCACGCCCAUGUCGCACUGGACGGCAAACGAGGGCGACAGCAUGCCUGACCCGAGUCUGAGGCUGUGGGAUGCGCAUAACCACCUUCACCUCACCCCCGACAGCCGCGACCUCCUCGACCUCCUGCAGCCCGAGGAGGAUCAAGUCUGCUUGUCGCUCAUGGGCACGAGGGUCUCUGACUGGAGCGCCAUCGCCGACCUUGCGGCCCAGCAUGCGAGCAAGCUGGUGCCGAGCUUCGGGUUCCAUCCUUGGUACGCGCUCGUGUGCUGCCGUGUGCAUCGUGAUGGAACUGAGAGAGCAACGAGGUGGGCGCACGAGAGGGUCGAGGAAGACUGGAAGCAAGAGCUCAGGCGCCUUCUGCAUCAGCACCCGUCCGCCUGCGUCGGCGAGAUCGGACUUGACGGCCAGUGGAUCCCACCAGGUCUUGACAGCGUUCAGUACGAGAAGCAGAAGGAAGUCUUCCAGGCUCAGCUCGAGAUCGCGACGGAGAUGUCUCGACCGGUGUCGUUGCAUUGCGUGAAGGCAUACGGGGACAUGUUUGACAUGCUGAGGUUCUCCGACGAGCUUCCUCCAGCCAUCUACAUGCAUUCAUUCGGGGGGAAGGUGGGGAUGCUGAACAGUUUCGUCAAGAUGAAGAAGUAUGGCGACCGGUUCUACUUCGGCUUCAGCAGCUUCACCAACCUCCGGAGCCCCAAGACAUCUCAGGUGAUAGCCUCGGUCCCCGACGACAAGCUCCUCCUUGAGAGUGAUCUCGAGGACGCCAAGGAGGUCCACGGGGCUCUUCUCCGGAUGCUACAAGUCAUUGCAGAUGCGAAAGGAUGGACUCUGGACUAUGCUGCAAAGAAAACCUGGGAGAAUGCUGAAACAUUUUAUUCGAAGACUUGA